UAAAGGAAGAAGGAAAGUAAGCAGAGUAAAAGAAACAGGAAACUAAAAUCUCACAGGAAAUAGUGGAAUAUCUUGCUCUCCAUCAGAAUUUUCUCCCCAGAAGACUUUGGGAGUUUCCAAGUGACUGACUGGGAUUGAGCCAGAGAGGGACAGAACGCGGUGCAGCUGUCAAUGAGGGAUCGAGGAGAAAGUGCAGCAGUAAGAGGAAGAGGAGACGUUGGUUAGUAGUCACUAAAAGAGGCAGCUGGGAAACCCACUGAGACUGAGAUUCUUCCAUAACUUUCCUGCAACAAUCUGUCGCGCAAAAGGACUCGGUUAAGAAGAACAUGGGGAAUAUGGGCCGCAUUGGCCGGUAGAAGCAUGUCACCAACAGUGCUGUUACUUCUAUCAAUAUUGACUGUUCAAGGAAGUGGGUGCAAUGAUUUUAUGAAGACGACGAUCAGAAAUCUGCAGGACUCUGUAAACAUUGAAAGAAGGAACGGAUUCCCACAAGUGUUUCCGAAGAACUACGUCGUGUCUCACUAUUUCAACGACAGCGCGCUGUGCAAUGAGCCGUGCUGUGUGUUCAGUGCUGCUGUGUUCCUGUCAAAUUCCUGGAGUCAGCUCUUCCAGCACCUCAGUAGAGUUCACCUCAAGUACAGGUUCAUCAGUGAGCUGAUUUACUGGCUGGACAGCAUAGCAAAAGAGAAAUUCCCGGAUCGUCCAGAUCUUUCUGAUUUCCCAUCUGUCCAGACAUCGCCUGAAGGACUUCUCUCCUUCACCUCAUCCGUCUUCACACGAUGGCUCGAUUUGAAUUGUGCUUUCGGAGAGCAUAACUGCAUCUUUCCCACACCAAGUGAAGAGGAUCAAGAAAAUCCAAAGGAGGGAGAGAAUGUGGAGAAUCGUGAACCGGUGGAUGAGCAACAGCCUGUGAUAGAAGGAGAGACGGGUAAAAUACAGCUUGACCGGGGUCCGACCAACAGCUUUACUAAGACACGUUGCACAGGUUUCACUCACUGGAGCUUAUCUUUUCUAUGGAUAAUAUCAAGUCUGAUCCGGUGAAAGUCAAGAAAUCUGUUUUAAAUAUGCCACAAAACUUGGCCAGAAGAAGGCUUCACUUUGAAAGGACCGCUACUGUGUUGCCUAGAUUUUAGUCAGUUUGGAAGCUAAUUUUGUUUUACACUGAUAAAUAAAGCUUGGCAUUUGCAUGGGAUUUCGAAGAAAUGCUCUCUGGAUAAAGUGGCUGGAUGCAGUUAUGGGUCAGUUCUGUUGGAGAAAAGGGAUAUUUUGAAAACCGACACAUGGCUAUUAUGAGGUU